AUGGAUCAGAAUUUCUCCACGGUUCGAGAUGGAAAGCAGCUGCUAGCAGAGAAAGACUCUUCCAAACGCGUGCUGACAGGAUGCUUCCUCUCCCUCCUCAUCUUCACCACGCUGCUAGGCAACACACUUGUGUGCGCCGCCGUCACCAAGUUCCGACAUCUGAGGUCGAAGGUCACCAACUUCUUUGUCAUCUCGCUUGCCAUCUCUGACCUCCUGGUGGCUAUCUUGGUAAUGCCGUGGAAGGCGGCCACUGAGAUUGUGGGGUUUUGGCCAUUUGGCGCGUUCUGCAACGUUUGGGUGGCGUUUGACAUCAUGUGCUCCACCGCCUCCAUCUUGAACCUGUGUGUGAUUAGUGUAGACCGUUACUGGGCCAUCUCGAGCCCGUUCCGCUAUGAACGCAAGAUGACCCCAAAAGUGGCAUGUCUGAUGAUCAGUGUGGCGUGGACCCUGUCAGUUCUAAUCUCCUUCAUUCCUGUUCAGCUUAACUGGCACAAAGCUCAGACUACCAGCUACGCAGAGCUAAAUGGAACAUACCCCGGUGAUCUGCCCCCUGACAACUGCGACUCCAGCCUUAACAGGACCUAUGCCAUCUCCUCUUCCCUUAUCAGCUUCUACAUCCCCGUGGCUAUUAUGAUCGUCACCUACACCCGGAUCUAUCGGAUCGCCCAGAAACAGAUACGAAGAAUAUCUGCCCUGGAGCGGGCGGCAGAGAGUGCCAAAAACCGUCACAGCAGCAUGGGGAAUAGUUCCAGCAUAGAGAGUGAGAGCUCGUUCAAAAUGUCAUUCAAACGAGAAACCAAAGUCUUAAAGACGCUCUCAGUCAUCAUAGGAGUGUUUGUGUGCUGCUGGUUGCCCUUCUUCAUCGUUAACUGCAUGGUUCCGUUCUGCGAGCCGAACUUGCCGGACGGUGCCACGGACUUCCCCUGCAUCAGCUCCACCACUUUCGACGUGUUUGUGUGGUUCGGUUGGGCAAACUCCUCGCUCAACCCCAUCAUCUAUGCCUUCAACGCUGACUUCCGCAAGGCCUUCUCCAUCCUCCUGGGCUGCCACCGGCUCUGCCCGGGGAGCAACGCCAUCGAGAUUGUCAGUAUUAACAACAACAUGGGCGCCCCUACCUCGAACCCCAACUGUCAGUAUCAGCCCAAGAGUCACAUCCCGAAGGAGGGCAACCAUUCAGCCAGCUAUGUGAUGCCCCACAGCAUCCUGUGUCAGGAAGAGGAGUUACAGAAGAAGGAUGGAUGCAGAGGGGAGACCGAGGUGGGCAUGGCAAACAACGCUCUGGAGAAACUCUCGCCAGCCAUCUCUGGGGACAGCGAUACUGAGGUCACACUGGAAAAGAUCAAUCCCAUAACACAGAACGGACAGCAUAAAACUGUGUCAUGUUGAAAAAAAGCAAAGAAGGAUACGCCGAGGCACGUAUGUACGCACA